AUGGAAUCACAAAAAGGCUUAAAAAAUCAUCGAAGCUUUAUUUCUAAUUUGAAAUAAUUAUUAAAUGUAUAUAUUCCAAGUUGACUAUAUAAAGUGUGAUCAAUAUGAUGGUAUCAUAGUCAUUUCACAAGAUUAUAAUGGUUUUACCAUAUUGGAUGAAUCAAAAUUUAAGAACUAAGUACUGAAAAAUCAUUUCAGAAAUAGCAAUUGGGCUAGUUUUCGAAGGUAUUUGAAUUAUUUUAAUAAGAUAACUAAAUCAAUAUGGAUUUGUGUAUUAAAAAACUGAUUAAGGUCAUCUAAAAUAUACUAAUUAACAAUUUGACAUAAGAAAUUAGGAUGGUUUAAAAAUAUCCAAAAAAGUCUAAGAAAAAGAGAUGAGUUAUGAUUAAGAGAUGUUUCUACUUUAAUUGCAAUUAAGUGAAAUAAAAUCUAAUCAGAUUAAAAUGGUUGAAUCUUUUUAAAAUUUGUUGAAAUAACACAAAUAGAUUGAAAUAAAUUUAAAACAAUCAAUGAUCGUAAUGAUAUUAAAAUUAAUAAUAGGAAUAUAUUACACAUAUAGUGGAUGGUUAGAAGAGAGGUACAAAAUUAGGAAAAUUUGUUUGGAAGUUUCAUUUGAACAUAAAAGAUAAAAAAUACAGUAAUAAAAAUUAAUUAACUAGAAUAAUUUUUGUAUAAAAUUUGGUUAAAGGCAAAUUAGUAAGGAGAACUUUUGUUUUCGGACUAAUAAUAAUAAUCUAAGUUUUUGUAGAGUUUAUAUUCUUACGAAUCUUUUAAUGAUGAAAUACAAGGUUUAAUGUUUCCAAAAGUGAAUGCUAUUAAUGAAGAAGUGCUUUCGUUAUGUUCAUUUGCUCAAAAUAGUCAAGAUGAGAAUCACUUUGAAGAAAGAUAAAGUAAUAUAAGUAACUAUUUCAAUAUAUGA